GCGCUCAGAGCGGCGGCGCGUCACUGCGUCUGAUUCACACACACACACACUCUCUUACACACACACACACACUGCGCUCUCAACUUUACCGGAGUCUCGCGGGGAGGCGCGUUAAACGGGCGGCGCGCGCGGACAGACAAGACGAAACCGGGACCAAAGGGAGACACCGUGCGCGACAUAUUGCACAAAAUUUAAAAAAAUAAAUAAAUAAAUGAAAGAAAGAAAGAAAAGAAAAGAGAGACAGCACGCAUUCGAGGACACAGACUUAUCAGACUUCCCUCUAAGACUGAUUUUGUCAAGUUUGAUUUGAACUGUGCACGAGGAGGCACCGAGACGCGCGCGCGCUCCUCCGACUGGAUACCCCGUGUACGGAUUAAUCGCUGAAAGUUGGAUUUGCCUCCAAAAUAAUAAUAAUAAUAAUAAUAAUAAUAUCAACAAAAACGUUAACACGUGCACUCGCUUCUCUUCCUCCUGUGGAUUGUUUUGUUGUUGUUAUUAUUAUUAUUAUUAUUGAAUUAAUAAGUUUGAAGAUGAGCUCGGGCUGUUUGUUCAGGUCUCUGCUGAUGCUCUUCCUGGCGCUUCUCUCCGCCAACGCGAGCAACUGGCUGUAUCUGGCCAAGUUGUCGUCGGUGGGGAGCAUCUCAGACGAGGAGACGUGUGAGAAGCUGCGAGGUUUGAUCCAGAGGCAGGUGCAGAUCUGCAAGCGCAACGUUGAGGUGAUGGAUGCCGUUCGCCGGGGAGCUCAGCUGGCCAUCGACGAGUGCCAGUACCAGUUCCGUAACCGACGGUGGAACUGCUCCACGCUGGACUCCAUGCCUGUCUUCGGGAAGGUGGUCACGCAAGGCACGAGGGAGGCGGCGUUUGUCUACGCUCUCUCAGCGGCAAGCGUUGCAUAUGCGGUGACCAGGGCAUGCAGCAGUGGGGAGCUGGAGAAGUGCGGCUGUGACCGGAACGUGCAUGGCGUGAGCCCUCAGGGGUUCCAGUGGUCGGGGUGCUCGGACAACAUCGCCUACGGAGUCGCCUUCUCCCAGUCCUUUGUCGACGCCAGGGAAAGAGGCAAAGGGCAAUCGUCCAGCCGAGCUUUAAUGAACCUCCAUAAUAACGAGGCAGGAAGGAAGGCGAUUCUGAACCACAUGCGAAUAGACUGCAAGUGCCACGGUGUUUCCGGCUCGUGCGAGGUGAAGACCUGCUGGAAAGCCAUGCCUCCUUUCCGCAAGGUUGGCAACGUGAUCAAGGAGAAGUUCGACGGCGCCACCGAGGUGGAGCAGCGCAAGGUGGGCACCACCCGAGUUCUGAUGCCACGCAACUCGCAGUUCAAACCGCACACGGACGAGGACCUGGUCUACCUGGACCCGAGUCCCGACUUCUGCGAGCACGACCCAAGGACGCCGGGCAUGCUGGGAACGGUGGGCCGCUUCUGCAACAAGACCUCGAAAGCCAUUGACGGCUGCGAGCUCAUGUGCUGCGGGCGCGGCUUCCACACGCAGGAGGUGGAGGUGGUGGACCGGUGCAGCUGCAAAUUCCACUGGUGCUGCUACGUCAAGUGCAAACAGUGCCGCAAGAUGGUGGAGAUGCACACGUGUCGGUGAUGCUCUCUUUCAGAAAAACCCCCUCCCUUCACUUUCCCUCCACUGAACUGAAUGGAAAAAACUCCCUCUUUCCUUCUGACUCCAAAUAGAAUAAAAGAAAAAGAAUAAAAAAGGGAAGAUAGGAAGGAGAUAUUCACAGAUUCAUCCAGUUAUAAAAGAACAUGUCAUACAUGGGACAAAAUUUUAGGGGCAAAUAGAGUUCUUUUUUAUUUCAAGUCCCACUUGAGAGUAUUUUUCUCUCCAUUUUUUUGUGGUUACUUUCUUAUUUUUGUAUUGUUUUCUAACUUAUUGGAAUCGGAGUGAUUUUUUUUUUGUAUUGUGACUAGCUCCAGUGGGAGUGGUAUAAGGGUGGAGGAGGGUCGGAUGGACAAGUGAACAUUGGGGUGGUUGAAGGAGACGAGGAGACUUCCCCCUCCCGCUAUCGAUGCUGCUUUAGGAUCUUAUCUGGAGACACGGACAUCAAGGGAAUUAUCUAAGAUACUGAGAUGCAGUCCAGGUGUACAUCUAUAUUAUUUUUUAUUUCAUUUGUCAACAGCAUUUUUAGAUAGAGAUGGACAAUUUUAUGCUGCUUUUAAAAGAAAAUCACUCACGUAAUGUACAGCAUUGGUCUUUUCUAUAUAUAUAUAUAUAUAUAUAUAUAUAUAUAUAUAUAUAUAUAUAUAUAUAUAUAUAUAUAAAUUUCUAUUAAGGAGUAACAAACUGGAAAAUCCUUGUUGUUGUUGUUAGUCAAAAGGCAGACCUGCACAAAUUAUAUGUGUAUAAAAAUCCAGUCGUUAGUUAGUUUAGCGCCGAAAAACAGAUUGCCGGCACGGAUCUGCGACCGUGUUUCCAAAUCUACGCUACGCAAGUUCGGACCAUGGAUACCAUUGCGGUGACUCCAGCACUUUUCAUCUCCAGACGCACAUGCCGCAAAAAAUCUCAGAGCAUUCCCUCUUCCCAUAAACGUGAAGCAGAGUGAUUGAACUAUUUAUGACCGUGUACAAAAAGAAAGAAAAGACAAGACAAGAAAAA